ACAUUAUUGAUCACGUUAUCAAUCAAGGAAAUAUCCUAGAAACGGAAUACCUUAGAGUCGGCGUGGACGUAAAUGGCAUCGGAGAACCGGUCCAUGGGGAAGAGUGGAGGACAGGUGCCUUGUUCCUGGCUGUGGGCUGAGUGACUCUCUCUGUGGGCUCAGGAUGGCGCAGGGAGGCCCUCAGUUGGACUAUCAUAUUCUGCAGGACCUUAAACAGCGCUUCCCAGAGAUUCCUGAAGGGGUGGUAUCGCAGUGCCUUUUGCAGAACAAUAAUAACCUGGAUGUGUGCUGCCACCUACUGGCUCAAGAGAGCAACAGAUACCUGUAUGAGGAGUAUCACAGUCCAGACGAGGUCCGCUUGAACCAAAACAACAUGCUGCACAUCAGCUUGGCCUACCCUCCCUCCGAAGGGGGCAAGACAAACGCUGGCGGACGGCACCUGGUGCACAGCUCCAGCGACAGUCACAUUGAACCCCACAGAGGCGUGUUCCCAGAGCCGCACUCCGCACCUGCCAUGGCUCCCUCUCCAGGUUACAACCCCUUCUUUAUGGCUGACCAAGGACGCUCAGCAAGUACCCCGACACCGCCUCCAUCCAUACAAGGCAUGUCUCCCACCUACUCCCCCGUCUCCCGCUACACCAUGAACCCAAUCACUGUAACCUUGUCCCAAAACAUUCCCUCGGCCCCCCAGGCGCUCCAGAUACCUGCCAGUCACUAUGUUAACAGUGGGGGCACCCUGUAUGUCCGUCCCUCCCCCUCGCAGAGUCCCCAGCCUACCCCGUGGCCCUCGUCUGGAGCCAGCGUUUACCAGCCGCCCCCUUACACCCCUCCAUCAUACCCAUCCCCCUAUAGCUCACCUCAGCACCAGGUGCAGCAGCCGCCCCAUGUCUUUUUACCCAUUAGUCCCCCCACGCUGCCUAAUAUGCCCUACCAGCAGCAGCCAUCUGUCUCCUAUAGGCCGUACAUCUCCAACAAGAACUCCCUGAAGAGUCAGAUUGACAUCAAACUGGAUGUGUCCCGGCCACGUAGCAGUUCCCCCGUGCACCCUCCACAGGGGGCACUCUACAUGGCCACCAGCCCCUCCCCCAGUUCCCCAUCACGUCCUAUCAGUAUGACCGGGCCACCAGGGACUUCCUUCCACCCGGGAGUGUUCCUGCACCAGGGCCCGGCGAGGCCCCGGCCGGCCUCCUCGCCUCAGCCCGCCAGCUCGGCCUACACCUUCAAGAUCAAAAUGUCUCCGGGCCAGGCCUCGCGCCCGCCGGGUUCCCCUCCCGUGGUGGAGCCCGAUUCUCUUCUCAACAUAGUGGACCAGGGGGAGCACCACGCCGCGCCCGCUCCGAUUCUGCCCAUAACCGUGUUGCCAGGCAACAUCAGCCAGAUCAGCCACAUGCCGCGGCGCUCCAGCUCCGGCUCCGAUGACUAUGCAUACACUCAGGCUCUCUUGCUGCACCAGAGGGCAAGAAUGGAGCGCCUGAUGAAAGAGUUGUUUGCAGAGAGACAAAAGCUGGAACAACUCAAACAGGAAGUCAACGACAUGGAGUAUGAUGUUCUGCAGAGACGAUUUCGACGCGUCAACAGCAGCAGCCUCAUUCCAAGGCCUGAAGAGAUGACCAUGAUGCGGAGCCUGAACAGACAGCUCCAAAUUGACAUUGAUUGCACCUUGAAGGAAACUGACUUGCUGCAGUCCAGAGGGAAGUUAGACCCGAAAACCAUGAGCAACUUUUAUGACAAUAUUCAGCCUGGUCCAGUUGUACCUCCAAAACCUCAUGUAAAAAAAGCUGAACGAGGGCAUGGUUCCAAGCCUGUGGGUGGAGCCCAGAGGGACGAGGAUUUUGAAGGAGCUCAAUGGAACUGUGAAAGCUGCACUUUUCUCAAUCACCCAGCUUUGAACCGCUGUGAACAGUGCGAGAUGCCACGCUACACCUGAGCCGUACCGACACCACUGAAGCCCUGCCCAGUAUAUUACUAGCCCCUCCCAUCUCCCCACUAAUCUUCAGUUCCAUCGAUCAACCUCUGGGCCCUGCUCAUUUCCCCCUUAUACCCUCACUCCUACCCAGCAUUAACAGAGCAAACCCUGCUGAGGAAGAGCCGCCCCCCAUCCAACUGGCCCCACCCCUCCCUUCCAUGGCCUCUUAAGGAGCUUCCUGCACUUGUAUUUUCUACUGAAAGAAGAUGCUUUAAAAGAGGAAAGAGGGACACUGCGCUCGUGGAUGUGAUAAAUAUAUGUAUAAGGGAGUGACUGGCUGUGAGCGGUCUGAAGGGGUGUGGUUUUGAAGUGGGCGGAGCUUUGGGAUGGGAAGGAGGCAUGAUUUACCAAGCUACCAUUCCACGCAGAACGAGACUGCAAUGUUUACACAAAUGAGCCCGGUGGUAACGCAGGGCUGCACUCCUUGACAGUUUGGAACAAUGUAAUGAUCAUUACAGGGGUCUGUUUAAUCUUAUGUAGACUUUACACUGUAUCUGCUCUGUGAGAGCUCCUCCCAAUGAAUGAAGAACACUAAAGAGACUUGCAAAAUGAAUAUAUACCUGGUACUUUUAUGCAUAUUACACUGUAUUCUGUGUUAGAGAUGUUGAUUUUCUGUGCAAAUGCCUCAAGUUGCUGUACUUAAUAAAGGAGCUGAUUCUAUGUGA